AAGAGGGAAAUAGUAAUAACAAACAAAGUUAUAGCAGAGCUCUAGCUUUAGAAGCCUUUUCUUUUCCAUUUCCAUGGUGUUUUGAGCUCAAGAAAGUUGCUAAAACUUUUGAAUUUGAAUCUGCAAAACUAAAAGUGGUAACUAAGAAGAAAAAAGCACAGAAUGGGUCUUGGAGGAACACUGGAGUACAUUUCUGAUAUGAUGAGCAGCAGCCAUAGCCACAAACACAAGAAGAAGAAGAAGCAAUUGCAGACUGUGGAGCUCAAAGUCAGAAUGGACUGUGAUGGGUGUGAGCUUAAAGUCAAGAAAGCUUUGUCUUCUUUAAGUGGAGUGAAAACAGUAGAUAUAAACAGGAAGCAGCAGAAGGUGACGGUAACAGGCUAUGUAGAGGCAAACAAGGUGUUAAAGAAGGCCAAGUCCACCGGGAAGAAGGCGGAGAUAUGGCCGUAUGUGCCGUAUAACUUGGUGGCUCAGCCGUACGCCGCUCAGGCUUACGACAAGAAGGCGCCGCCGGGGUAUGUCAGGAGGGUUGACAACCCGACCACGGGCACCGCCACCAGGUUCGACGACCCCUACGUCACCAUCUUCAGCGACGAAAAUCCUAAUGCCUGCUCUGUCAUGUAAUCCCAACAAGUUUUCAAGGCCCCUCGAGAUUGGGUUAUAGUUAGAGGUGGUCAAAACUCGGGCCUGACAGCUCGGGACCAGCCUACCCUGGGAUGCCAAAUUCAGGGCCGGUCCCGUGCCAGGCCUAUCCCGAGAUGGUGUUAUAUGGAUCAAAUUUAGUCGAGUUUAUUUGAAGUAUGUGUUGAGACUUGAGAGUGAUGUAAAUGGUGCUGGUGAUUUGUAACUUGUAAGUUAAUUUUGAGAUGUAUAAUAUAGUUAUAUAGUUUGUUUUUACGUGUAAUGUUUGUUGCAUGAGGUAUGUACUAUGUAGUGUAUGUUUAAUGGUUUGGUUUGAUGUGAGGUAAUGAUUGAUGAGACUAAUUCCAAACUUGCAUUUGGUUGGCCA